GUCACUGCUAAAAUCAGAGCAGAUCGAGCGUGCGCAAUGGAAUAAAAAGUCUUCAAUAUUGAAAUGUGAAAUUGCUCUCAACAUCUCACCUCUCUGGAUUUCUUUCUUUUUCUUUUUUUCCCUCCCCCAUCCCCCCUCAUUAUUUCUGCUAACCAAUUCAUUUCCAGAGUUUGCACUUAAGAAGCAAUGGGAAAAAUCAACAGGCUUUCAACACAAUUAUUUAAGUGCUGCUUUUGUGAUUUCUUGAAGGUGAAGAUGCUCACUGUCUCCUACGUUCAUCUCUUCUACUUUGGCCUGUGUUUGCUUACGUUAACCAGUUCGUCUGCUGCUGCUGGACCGGAGACUCUUUGUGGUGCUGAGCUGGUCGAUGCUCUUCAAUUUGUCUGUGGAGAAAGAGGUUUCUAUUUCAGUAAACCAGCAGGGUAUGGAGGCACUAGACGGCCACAUUCUACCAAAGGAAUAGUGGAUGAAUGCUGUUUCCAAAGCUGUGACCUGAGGCGGCUGGAGAUGUACUGCGCUCCUGUCAAACCACCGAAAUCUGCACGGUCUGUACGUGCUCAGCGCCACACUGAUAUGCCUAAAGCACAAAAGGAAGUGCAUUUGAAGAACACAAGUAGAGGCAACACAGGAAACAGGAACUACCGAAUCCCAAUCCCCAAAGCGCUCCGCCAGCACAAGCCCCAUUGAGGACCGGAGCCUUAAACUUCCUUACACUAUUCAGUAAAUGAGAACAACUUUUACUUUGAGGUAUGACACAGUGACUCCGAUGCAUUUCUAACCAAUUCCAAUGAUGAAAAUCCAAUUGCAGCCAAGGAGAGUAACGGAGCAACCGAAGUGACCAACUGGUGUAUUACAGCAUAUAUUUUUCUGAAUAGGUUUUGCCAGCCACAAAAAAAAGGAUUCCUUAGUGAUAAAUGACAUUUGCUGCUUAAAACAAAAAAAAAACAGACUGUGGUGGUAUGUUUUACAUAGUUCUGGGAGACUUUGGAGGUUAACACAUGCUUUUUAUCCUUUCAUACUUAGAGAUUCAGAUAAUACAACUGAAUGUGAAUGGCCACUAUCACAUGCCAGUAUGGCAUGUCACUUUUGCUCAGCUGGAAAGGCUUUGGGUGACUGCAUGUGGAUGACAUGUCUGCUAUGGAUUAUUCACAAAUCCCUCUGCCCAAAAUCUUCCUGCACAUGUCCAGCAGGACUGAGGACUGGCUGAUGCAUGGACAACUGACCAAAAGUAACAAACAAACUGUCAUUAAAUAGCUAUCUAACUUACAAAUAUUCUUCUUAGCUACAAAAAUGCUAAAUGUUGAGAUUAAUAUUCAUUUGUUUCCCAGAACAUUAUUUGUUCAAACCCACUGAACUCACCCUCUUCCUUAAAUUAAGACUAUGAUCAACAUCAGGAAUUAGAAGAUAUUUCAGACACAUAUGUGGUCUCUGGAAUUUCUAAAAAUUCACACCUGAAAGCAAUAUAGACAGAAACGCCGUUGCAAGGAGCAGUAUUUGCUCACAUCCUGCUAUGAGCUUUCUUUUUCCUCAAUCCAUUAUCCUCAAAGCACUUUGAUGGCACAAUUCCUGCUGAGGUGAACGGGGCAUGCACCUGCACAACACUUUGCAGAUUGGGCUGCCAAUGUUUGGAUUUGUAAACAUUUUAUUCUUCCUUGUGUUCAUUCAAAAUGGAAACUGUCAUGACUAGAUGACAAGUAAAUAAUAUUUCAUACUGUGUAUGUAACAUCAAUGUGUUGCAGAACUCCCCCGCCGAUUCCAAAUACUCACAAAAUACUACUUCAUCCUAUUAUUCUCCACAUUUAGCACUUCUUGGCUUUCUAUGGACACACAGGACAUCCAAGCAAAGAAGGACUGACUACAAAAAGAAAAAAAGUUGAUCUUGCUAUUUUACAAGUCACCCAGAACCAUUGAAUUCAUAUUCCCCAGUCCGUGCAAACUGUCUAACCUGGUAAACAUUGUUCCAUAAAAAUAAAAUAAAAAAUAGUGUACUCACGCUUCUUACAAGGCUCUUUUUAGGCAUUUAUCAUGAUAGGUCCAAAAGAUCUCAAGAGCUAACUGUCUAAUUUUAUUUGUCUGUUUGUUUGUAUGUUUGUCUUUCUAAAUCUUCAUUGAUUGCAGAAAAAAAAGGAUCUUAGUCACACUGUAUUAAGUAAAGGCUAGGGCAACCUUUGGUUUGUAGAAUGUACUGAAAUGUUUGCAACCCUCUUAGGAUCCAGUCCAAAAUGUGAAACAUUACUGUAAGAGGGUAUCUUUCUAAUGUAUUUGUAUGUAUAGUUUACACCUCUGUGAGGUCUAAUAAAGAAUAC